AUGGCACUUAGUGAUGUUGUUCUCGAUUUUUAUGAAAUGACCAAUAGUAAUCGCGUUGAUAUGAGUGAUUUUGAAUUAAUGAAAGUUCUAGGGACAGGAGCGUAUGGCAAAGUAUUUUUAGUUCGAAAAAUUACCGGUUCAGAUAUAAAUAAGUUAUAUGCAAUGAAAGUAUUAAAAAAAUCGGCAAUAUUACAAAAAGCUAAAACAGCCGAACAUAUCAAAACUGAACGACAAGUAUUAGAAGCAAUUAGACAAAUACCAUUUCUUGUCUCGUUACAUUAUGCAUUUCAAAGUGAUGCAAAACUUCAUCUUGUUAUGGAUUAUGUUAGUGGUGGUGAAUUAUUUACACAUUUGAAUCGUCGACAACAUUUUUCAGAACCGGAUGCAAAAAUCUAUACAGCAGAAUUAACAUUAGCAUUAGAUCAUUUACAUAAGCUUGGAAUUAUUUAUCGUGAUAUUAAAUUAGAAAAUAUUUUACUCGACAGUGACGGACAUAUUGUUUUGGCCGAUUUUGGUCUAAGUAAAGAAUUUCGUCCAGAUGAUGCUGAUAAACGAACAUACUCAUUUUGUGGAACAAUCGAGUACAUGGCCCCCGAAGUGGUGAAGGGUGGAGAUAAUGGACAUGAUUUUGUUGUUGAUUGGUGGUCGUUGGGUGUGCUAACUUUCGAACUGUUAACCGGAGCAUCACCCUUCACCGUUGAUGGAGAUCGAAACACACAACCCGAAAUUUCAAAACGUAUACUUCGUAAUCAACCAUUGAUACCUUCUUAUGUUUCAAAAACAGCAAAAGAUUUUAUACUCAAAUUAUUAUUGAAAAAUCCAAGACGACGUUUAGGUGCUAAAGGAUCAGAUGAUGUCAAAAAACAUCCAUUUUUUAAUGGCAUUGAUUGGAAUGCAUUAGCAGAAAAACGAGUACCAGCUCCCAUAAAACCAAAACUUCGAGACGAAAUGGAUACAAGUAAUUUUGCCGAAGAAUUUACUCGUUUACCAAUUACAGACUCACCUGGUCUCGCGCCACCAACCGAAAGUUUAUUUAGAGGUUAUUCAUUCAUUUCACCAUCAGUGUUAUUUGGUCCAGAAAAUGCAGUUAAUGAAGAAUUAUAUAAUUUAUUACGUUUAACAAAUCAUCAAAGACCAGAUCCGUCACAACUACACCGUUUAAUCAAAACAAGUUCAUUUUUCUUUAAUUAUGAAUUAGUCGAUAGAGAAGGUUUUCUUGGUGAAGGAAGUUAUUCCAUAUGCAGACGUUGUCGAAAUCGUCGUACUCAAGAAGAAUUUGCUGUUAAAAUUGUUUCCAAUCGCCAAAAAGUCGACACUCAGAAUGAAAUAGAGUUGUUAACACUAUGUCAAGGACAUCCGAAUAUUGUUCAGUUACACGAAGUAUUUCGUGAUGAGCUUCAUACCUAUAUCGUCAUGGAAUUACUCACUGGUGGUGAAUUAUUUUAUCGUAUUCGUACUCAAGCAACAUUUUCAGAAAAAGAAGCUAGUCAAUUAAUGAAAAAACUUGUAUCAGCUGUCAGUUAUAUGCAUAGUCAAAAUUUAUGUCAUCGAGAUCUCAAACCAGAGAAUUUAUUGUUUUCAAAUGCACAACCACAAGCAGAAAUUAAGAUUAUCGAUUUUGGUUUUGCUAAAAAACGUGUUAAACAACAACAAAUGAUAACGCCAUGUGGUACAUUGGGAUAUACUGCUCCUGAAGUUUUACGAGCCGCCACAGUAAUUCAGACAAAUUUACCAUCUGGUUCUUCAUCUUCCACAUCUUCAGCAACAUCCCAAAUAGUCUCAUCGUCAUAUGGUUAUGAUGAAUCAUGCGAUUUAUGGAGUCUAGGAGUCAUUUUAUAUACAAUGUUAAGCGGUGAAGUACCAUUUAAUUCAUUGACACAAUUUCGUUCUGCUGAGGAAAUUGUUGAUGAUAUAACACGUUCAAAAUUAAGUUAUUCAUCACCAGCAUGGAAAAAUGUAUCACAAAAUGCCAAAGAUCUUGUUAAAGGUUUAUUAACCGUAGAACCGUCGAAACGUUUGACAAUCAAAGAUCUAGCACGAAAUAACUGGUUACGUGGUUCAAAUGUUUCUACACACGAACAACAAUUAUUAUUAACACCUGGAAUUCUAUCACUAGCAUCACGGUCAUUAAUUGUUCGUGCGGUAAAUGUAACAAUGAAAGCAUUUCAAAAAGCACAACAAUUUCAGUUAUCUUCGGUACACGAUGGACUCUUAGCCCGUCGACGUCGUACAAAACGAUCUACUGAUUCAUCAUCUUCCACAUCUUCGUCUACAUUACUGACAUCACCAACAAUAAACAAUAGUAACAAUAAUAAUCAUCAUCAUCAUUCAAUGAAUUCUAGUACUGGUAAUAUCAAUAAUAAUACAUCGACAACAAAUCUACUACCCCAUACGAGGCGUCGUUGUGAAAAUGGUGUAUGUCGAUGUCGUCAUGCAUGUCCACAGCAAAAACAACUCACAACGUCAGUCUCACAAGCGCAAGCGUUUGAUUUUAGUGACGAACGUGUUCAUCAAUUAAUGAAUAACAAUCAUUGUACAUCAAAAUCAAGACAACAACAUCAACAACAACAACCACCACCACUACUCAUUUUAAACGGUCAUUCUGUACAGCAUCAACAACAGUCAUAUCAAUACAAUACAAGAUCACGAGCAGCACAUGAGUUUUUACAUCCAUCCAAUAUAUUUCCAACUAUGAAUCAUCUUUUAUUACCCCCUCCACCUUCGUCCAUUGUUCAACAUACAAUAACACCACUAACAGUAACAACAACAAACGGUUUUACUCCUAAUCAGACACUAGAUCAUUUAGAUAAUAAUAAACGUAAUCAUACUCAAUUAAUAGAAAAUAUUAAUAGUAAUAAUAAUAAUAACACCGGUUCAAAUGGACCGUUAGCAAAAAAAAUGAAGCGCUCAGGAACUAUUGUCUUAGAUGAUUGA